AUGGAGGCAAAUCGGAGUCAUACUGCCCACGACGAGCAACGAGCCUUAUCGGAUGAAAAUAAUCUUCAACAGAGCUUCACAGCUCGAGAAUUGGCCAGAGAUGAGGGUCCCAUAGGGUUUUACUUGCUUCAUCGGCAAGCUAGGAAAAAGCCAUCGGCUCCGUCAGCUUCCCUUCUGUUGGCAGUGACACUAGCAUCCUUAGCAACGACAUACGUUCUGAUUCGCUGCUUUUAUGCCAUUGCGUAUAUUGAGCGGCAUGGUGCUACACAUAGGCUUUUGGCCAGCGGCGGCUUUUAUCUGGACCACUCUUGUUUCGGGGAAGGAAACCAGGAUGGAGAAGAGGAGGAAUCGUAUGCGCUGCAAGCUGAACAUGGGGGAGCUUUCGUUUCGUCGGAAGGGGAUGCAUCACCAACAGCACCUCCACGGAUACGGAAUGAUGAUGACUUGGACAAGUGGGGAAAUCGGCAGUUGCCUGAAGACGUACGAGACAGAUUUUCAUCCUUUCUCGAGCGCAUCGAGCACAGUGCUGUCCUCUGUGAGGCACUGCUGCCAUUGCUCAAACCUCAACACGCUAUUCAAAUUACAAAUAUAAUGUUGAGGAUUCUAGUGGCUCAGCUUGGUGUCCUCUCGCUGAAUCCGCCGGAAUUAGAGCCUCGAAGGGCACGGGCAGGUGGGAGACUGCUACUUUUGGCAUAUAAAGGCAGAGAACGGUCUGGCUCUUACCCUUAUCUAGAAUUUUUUGUGAAUGAAAACAAUUGGCUGCGGAAUCUAGCUGAGGCAGUGUCAAUGCCUCGCGAAGACGCCAUGGAAAUGGCCCCGCAUCAUCAUAAAAAGAGGGUUACCGGGGUCCUUCGAGAGAUUUCGAUUAUAAACGUUUACAUCGUGGCUGUCUUGGGUGGUUUAGAGCGUAUGGGCCGAAAAUCUGUAGGAUACUUGGAAGAUGCCGCUGUAGAAACGCAACUGCGCGUAUUGGAGGCUCUUCAGGGUGUGCAGCUUCGUCGCUUCUUGACUGACAAAACGACUCACUGGUUUCUUCGGUACUGUCAAAUGAGAACCAAUAAUUACAUACUUUUCACGCGAGAGCAACAACAGUAUUACGGGUCAAAAACUUAUACGUCCAUGAAAGAGUUUCAAAAGGAACUAGAACAGAAGGUACAAGAGGCUGGAGGUCUCCCUUGGAACCCAGAUUGCAAGGAAGUAGACCUACGCUGGGGCAGGUCAAGGUAUAGAAGAAGGCAGCACCUAGAGACACCAGGUUCCAGUUCGCAUUUUGAGGUGCCGCAGGGCACAAGUGGUUUCCCGUCAGGCCCCUCUCCAAGUCUUGGCGACUGCGGAAGUACUACUAAUGGAAGCAGUCAACAGCAUUUAGCCACCUCUGUCGACCAUCUCGUCGGCGCACUUGGGUUUGAGGAGGCCAGCCUAGUUUUCGGAAAGUCUCCUGGUUCUCGUUUUGGAGCUAAGCAGCAACAGAGGGAGCAUGGUACUACACAGCCACUUGCGCAAGCAACACCUUGGUCGGCAAGCGGGCCACAUCACGCGGAGCCACGCGGUUCUUCCAACUUAAUGCUCGGAGGUCUUUUAGGGCAGCACAGAGUGGAGACUAGUUCAGGUCCUCAUACGCUUCCCCACCCUGGCUCUCGUAAUGCACCACUCGCUCAAAGCUUUAUGCAGCCAACUGCGAACCAAGGUUCACGGCUACGUACUUCGACGCCAGGACUUCCGAUCUUAUCUUCUUCAGCGCUUCCAGGUGGAGAACGCAGAAGGACUGGUGCCCCUAACAGCAUGCUUUCCCAGACAGCUGCUUUUUCAGGUUUUGGACUUCAGCGAAGUUUUGGGAGCGACACGGCGUUGGCGUUGCAGGCGACGCCAACAGGUCGAAGCCCACUUUUGCCAGCUACUCUGGUCCGUGGCUCUUUUCCCGAAGAACCAAAUUUCCAAUGGAUGUUAACACAUCCACCUUCAGCCCCUCGAAGCACGCUGCCUCGAGCGCAACAUGGAUUCUCUGACACAGCUGCACAACUGUCGUACGCUGAGACGACUCUGCCACCAAGCACAGCACAAGUUCCCCGAAUAAGGGGAAAUUCACGUCUGGACCAAUGGAUCUCUGGAACUGGCGAUCAUAGGAGAACCGGCACUUCUUUACCGUGGGCGUCAAUGAGAGAGCCUUCAGCUCCUUCAAGCAUGCUGCCUGCAGGUGGACAUGGAUUAUCUUCACUACACGUGGCCGCGCAGACAACUCUGUCUAGCACAGCAGCAAUGCUUCAGGGAAGGGGAAAAGUCGGCCAAACGCAUCAUGAGCGCUCAACUACGGUUCCAGGGAAGUCAGCGACAGUGUUGGGAGGUGCUUUUGGCCCUGGGGGCCUCCAGAGACUUCAACUGCAGACAGGAAGUAGGAUUCCGCCUCCCUAUCGUCCGUGGUCUACAGCGGACUCCGAAACGGCUUCCGCAUAUCCUUUGCUUCACUCACCUUUCCCCACACAAGGGCAACGACGUUCAUCUGGACCCAUGAUGUCACAAGUGGUAGGUCAGGAGCGUGGUGGUAGUUGCUCUCCAUUCGCAACGCAGGCAGCAAUAAUGCAGAGUAACACAUCAUCUGGUAGGUCGCUGCCGGAAGUGAGUAGCAGCGUGGAUGUCAACAGCAUGUCUGGCAGAGCUGGUGAAAGUGAAAUUCGUAGCUGGCUGCCGCCUACGACAGUAGGUAGGCUUGGCGGUCAGCCCACGCAGCAACCGCCUCAGAAUCAGGGACAAGAAGAAGACGAGGCGGCUCUCAACGAACUUUUAGCGGCUAUUCGGGACUUUGGAUUCGUAGAUUCUGGCGCCGAAGGGCCAUUGGAGGACAGCUAA